AGAUCGUUGGACAGUCCACCCCUGACCACAACUCCCAAGCGUUUGUGUUAAAAUGACAAUGUUGGUGUGCCAAGUUGUGGUUUGACUUACGAAGAUGCUGUCGAAAGUGCCAUCGUAAAACAACACUGGCCUGUCCAGUUCAAGUCGGUGCGUCUGAUCAUUCCCCGCUUCCAGUAACUGGUCCCUUGCGCUUGGACCGAAGGGAAAAAGCUCCCCCCGCGUUAUGCUCUGCACCGACGCAACGAAUCCGAGAAAACUCGCACAGACGAGCCAUCCUUGCUGCUGCCAACCCAUUGUUCGUGUUUCAGGAGCAGUUGAGCGGUCCUGUGGUUUGUCCAAGCCAGGUUACUGGGAGAGUGACGCACGGGCUCCGCGGAGGAAAGUUCAGUCAAAGUUUUGGCGAAACGUGGGGCGGAGUUGAGAGGGGCGCCGAGAGCUGCAGCUUUCAUUAAACCACCGACACUGGAGAGAAAAAUAAGAGACAAAACUGGAGACGUGGCCGAUUUGAAGGGCUGGAGCCGGGCUGAGGAAACUCUGGGAACAAACAACACAUUAAAUGUUUUGUAUCUUUUUUUGACUAAACAUGUUGCUUCCAUAUCUAAAAGGCUCUCGGCUAGGUGUCCAUCAUUAUUAAAUAGUGUGUGUUUCCUGAAAACAGAGACGUAAAAGGAAGUACACAAUGAUGUAAUUGAAUUCAUUUCUCCAUCUCACACAUUAGAGGCCAACGUUUUAAAGGAUAUCUUAAUAAUGUGGCUGACGGUAUCCGGCCUGGUGUGGUGCUGGGUGGGAGUGUCCCCGUGUGCAAAAAGAUUAACGUUUCACAGCAGUCAAAGGGGAGCUGGAGUGACCUCCAUCCUUGGCCUUCCUCAUGUUCACAUGCCCCAGUCCUGUGAAACACAAACAAAAAAAACAGCUACCACUAACCAUAACAAGCUUCACUGAAGUUUGAGUGCUGAUUAGACUUCUUCUUGGAUCGUAAACCAAAUUGUGCUUCUUUAAACAGACCUGAUGUACUCUUGGUUUGAAUUAAAGGGGAACUCUGGUGAUUUUACACAUUGAGAUCAGUUUCUUUGUCAUGAGGAGAACUACUCACUGCUGAGCUUUCUAAAGUCCAAGAAAACAACCCUGGUGUUUCCCGGGCAGAGAGGGUCCAAUUAAAAAUGCUACUGAUUUGAAUUUGUAGGAUCCAGUAUUUUUUUGUGUCAAGGCUGGAUUACAAACUGGGCAAAGCGGGCCACUUCCCCGGGGCCCCCAGACUCGCUCCUUUGACCGUCAGGACUCCAGGUGGCAAUUACAUUGUGAUGAUUAGAUGAAUUGAUCGAUAAAAGGUUAAUACAGUAAUAAAACGCUAUGGUACAACUUUAAUGUAUAGAAGUUGAUGAUUGGGGAUAUUUUAUUAAUUCAUAUGUGUGAAGAUAGUACAAACGCUUCUGGUUAAUUCUGUCUAUGGGUUCUUUUCUUUAAUUUAUAGUUUACAGUGACGUGAGCCAGUGAGAACCAAGGACAUUGCGACCACACACAACUCCAAUUAUAAUUUCAUUUUGCAGUCACCAGUGCUUUUUGUUGUGCUUUAGCUCCAGUUCUAAUAUAAUAUUUCAGUAUUUUGCUUCUCAAAUACAUUUUCUUUUAAUCAACUUAGAACUUGAAGAUAAUAUAAAAAUAAUGAUAUAGUACACUUUUAGUAUUUAACACUUUGAUUCUUUCUUCCACAGCAAUUUCUGCUACAAUACGUGUUAUCUUCUGAAGUGAUUCUAGUGUUGUGAUUUCUUCCUGUUUUUACGGCCUACGCCUACAAUUCGUGAAUAAGUUGUAUAUAUUGUUUAUGAACUCACCAGUGUUGAAUGAUGGUGAUUUUGGAUGUGAUUAUUUUGUCAUGCACCUUGAUAAAAUGAAAGUAAAUCUGAGACGCUCUCUGGGGAUCAGAGCAGCGGUGGGAAGCCCCAUCACAGGGUUAAAGGUACAGUAGCGUGCGUCAGCUGAUGCGUAGCGUCACGUAAUGAGUGCGCGGAGGGGCUGGAAGGGGGCGGAGGCUGGUCCUCCUCUCCUCGCGCUGAGCUCCUCGCGGCAGGCUGCUCUCAGCAGCUUCCUGCCCCGCCGCCGUCCCUGACAAACGGCUCAUUGUCAUCACUGAUCAUGUGCCUCGCUCGCUGGCUGUCUGUGGCUCCGCAGCAGGAAGUUAGCCUUGUUUUCUUUUCUCCCUCCACUUGACAGCCACAUUCACAGCAUUAUUACUUCACUCUCAACUUUUUUCUUUAUUUAUUUUUUUGGCCGCGGCUCUCACCUCUCCUUCUGCGGUACGCGACAGCCGAGAGGCUGGCUCUGUGAAGCCAGAGACCCGGCGGCCAACACCGGGCCAGAGGAACCCCUCCGCUCCGCUCCCUCCUCCCCACGGUCAGGUAGAGCAGGUUCAUGGAGGCCCCGCUGGAGGAGAAGGACCAGUCGCCGAUGGACAGGUCCCUGCCUCUGCCUACCUUGAGUCCGGCCGUGCCCACCUACGUCACGCUGGGCCUGACGGUGGUCUACACCGUCUUCUACUCCCUCCUCUUCAUCUUCGUCUACGUGCAGCUCUGGCUGGUCCUGCGCUACCGACACAAGCGCUUCAGCUACCAGACCGCGUUCCUGUCGCUGUGCCUGAUGUGGUCGGCCCUGCGCACCGUGCUCUUCUCCUUCUACUUCCAGAACUUUGUCACGGCCAACACCUUGGGCCCGUUCCCCUUCUGGCUGCUGUACUGCUUCCCCGUCUGCCUGCAGUUCUUCACACUGAGUCUCAUGAACCUUUACCUCGCACAGGUCGUUUUCAAGGCAAAGUCGAAAUACGCACCAGAGCUUUUGAGAUACAGGCUGCCACUGUACCUGCUCUUCCUGUUCAUCAGCCUGGUGUUUCUAGUAGUGAACUUGGUGUGUGCCCUGCUGGUGAGGAUGUCCUCUGCAGAAGCUCACACCAUCGUGCUGGUGAGGGUCGCCAUCAACGACUCGCUUUUUGUCCUGUGUGCCGUCUCGCUCGCCGUGUGUCUCUACAAGGUCGCUAAGAUGUCGCUGGCCAACAUUUACCUGGAAUCCAAAGGGACGUCGGUGUGCCAGGUGACCGUUAUAGGAGCCAUCGUCAUCCUCCUGUACUCUUCCAGGGCCUGCUACAAUCUGGUCGUCCUGGGACUCUCAAACAAGAGCAUCAACUCCUUUGACUACGACUGGUACAACGUUUCAGACCAGGCAGAUUUACGGUCGACUCUGGGCGACGCCGGCUACAUCGUCUUCGGAGUGAUCUUGUUCGUGUGGGAGCUGCUGCCCACCUCUCUCAUGGUUUUCUUCUUCAGAGUUCGGCAGCCAGACCUAGACGGGAGUGGCUCUGGGCUUCCUGGUCACGUCUUCUCCUCCAGGGCUUAUUUCUUCGACAACCCGCGGCGCUACGACAGCGACGAUGACCUGGCGUGGAACGUCAUGCCUCACAACAUCCAAGCCAGUCUGGCCGCUGACGGUUACGAGUGGGGGAGCAGCAGCAGCAGCAGCAGCAGCAUCGGAGGAGACGACGGCUACCUCCUCCCUCCUCCAGAGGAGCUCGGCCACUACUGACCGGAGUUCACAGCGACUCCUGCCGACUCGUGGCUUUGUUCUCUUACUUGUAUAUUUUUGCACAGUCUCUCUGAGCGACAGGGGCACAUGGAGUCGCCCUCUGCUCGACACGUUCGGUCUUCUAUUUUGUCUAGAGUAGAAGAAGAACUAACUGACUUUUCUGCCAGUUUAUGAAGGUCCACUGAUGGGACGUUGAUUUUGCACACAGUGAUGUAAUGUUACACUGCUUUAAAACAUUUUCAUUGUAUAGUUUAUAUUGAAUACUGCUUAAUAUAUUUCCUGACUUUUGUAAUAUGAACUCUAUUACUAUUUUAUGUACCGUGUUCUUUGUCAUACAUAUUUGUUUAUAGAGAUAUUCAUUUAAUUCAUAUUAAAACAGUAUAAAUACUG